CGUACCUGAAUUUUUUUUUUCUGAAAAAAAAAAAAACACCAAAUAAAAACAUACAAGGUACUUCAUUUCAACUAAUUUAUAUCUGACUUUGGAUAUAUUUCGACUUAUAUGCAUUCAUAAGUACACAACCUCAUAAAUCGUUCAACGAACUGGGUGGUCAUAUUCCGAAGCUAAUGGAACAAAGUGAAACUAGAACCGGUAACUUUAAAGUUGGUGAUUAGAUUGAGAAGAAUGUGAACAACAGUCGAUUACGGAUAUUGUCGCUCGGUGCUGCCGAGUGGUGUUAUGGGAGUGAACUACUCGUGCAGGAAAGAUAUGACGGAAAAUAAGGAAAUUGGGGUUUACCACGAGAGGCAGGUGAAGGAGUUAUGUGCCCUUCACGCAUUAAACAAUCUAUUCCAGGACCAAAAGGCCUUCUGUAAAAAGGAUUUGGAUGACAUCUGUAUCAGAUUGUCUCCAGAUCAUUUCAUUAACCCUCACCGCAGCUUAUUGGGACUGGGAAAUUAUGAUGUCAAUGUUUUAAUGGCAGCUGUCCAAACCAAGAGUUGUGAAACCAUAUGGUUUGAUAAAAGAAAGAACAUAAAAUGCCUUCUGCCUGAAAAUAUCCAGGGAUUCAUUCUCAACACACCUUCAGAGUAUAAAUGGGGUUUACUGCACUUUCCUUUCAAGAGGAAACACUGGAUUGCGAUUCGUAGGAUUAAAGGCAUUUAUUAUAAUUUAGACUCGAAACUGGACUCCCCAGAAUCCAUUGGGGAUGAGGAGUCCCUGUUUUUGUUUUUACAAAAAGAGCUGGAGAAUGGGGAAAAAGAACUGUUGAUUGUGGUCAGUCAGGAGGUGGAACAGGCAGGAACCUGGAGGAGGAACAGCGACGCCUCGGGGAAUCUGUCGACCAGCAGCGAUCAGCACAGUGCGAACGAAACAGCUACCUCAAACGCUAACCUACAGCCUCUGGACGAUCUCUAAGGACAGCUUGUGUUUAUUGUCUUAGAAAUUUUGAUACCUUUUUUGUUACUUGUUUAGUGGAUUUUACUUUAUAGCCAAUACUUUAUUGUUGUUGUCAAUAUCAAAUAUUACAUGGGAUAUUCCACUGAAUGGCCAACAAGGAAUAAACAUGGAUACUCAUU